AUGCCCCCUCGUCGUCGUGCGAAGAAACAGCCCGCCGCAGAAGCGGCCCCCCAUCCUCCCCCAGCCCCUAUGGGCCCCACCUCUCUCGAAGCUCUGUACCCCGUCCACCAUAUCCUACUCGACCUUUUCCUAAACAUGAAGCCUUUUGUCUUCAUGCGCUUAUCCAAAACGCAUCGCGCAUACGCCCUUCGACGAAUGUCCCAGGCGGCCGUCUUCAGCAGUGACCUCCGGGAACGACUUCGGGAUACCACUGAUGCUCGGCCUAAGAAGCCAAUCGACGUCGCUUUCCUGAUUCCCAUCUUCUUCGCUCACACGAUCGCUUUCGACUCGAUGACCACAUUUGGCUUGCUUGCUGCCGACAUGUCUAUCGUUGAGCGGGCCAAACGAUUGAGAAAGAGGCCCGGCUCUCCCUAUCCCUUUCAUCCUGCUCGGCUUUUCGAGCAUGUCAGACGCAUCCAGCUUCCUAUGGAGCCCUUCCUUUUUGCCUACAAUACCUGCCUAGACGCGACACAAGUACAAUCGGAGGACGGGAAGUGCAGACGUCUUCGGCAGAGCUAUCUCGGCUAUCAGCUUGGUGACCACUUUUCACAAGUGACCUUCAUGGUCCAGCCCUUGUCUCAACCUCUGUUCGACUUUUCGAGCUUUUAUGAGGAUCAGGAUCCGGAGCUUGAGUACCAUACGAAGUGGAUGAAGAUUUUGCUGGGCGAAGAUGUCGAAGCAGCAGAGGUAGCUUUCGAAGUUGGAAAGAAAGUUGAGGCAGUCAUUGUGGUUGCCCUGCAGCCAUCGUCUCCACCCGAACGAUCUCAGACGCAACUUGAUCUCCUGCUUGCCGCCCUCGACUACUUUGUCGACUUUCGCCAGCUUGCGUUGGUUUUCUGCAAUCUUUCGUCAGGGAGCGACAAGAGUUUUACGCCGAAGGUUCUCGACAAGAUUUCCGAUGUUAUCGUCAGCAUUCUGGAUCAUUUUGAGCUAGUCAAAGAGAAGGUGUUGGGGAAGGUCAGAUCUCCGAUCGAAGGAGAAGCUCGUGGGAACAUUGAUCCUUGGGUCAAGGCGCACCUCAUUGAGAGCACAGUAUGUGAAAUGGUGGAUGUGGAUCUUCUAGGGACGCUUGUUGACGUGGAUGGGGAGAGAUUGAGAGGCGGGGAGUCGGUUUGA